AUGCGUGCAUGGCCCGUUUAUGAUGGCCAUCAAAGCCCCCAUUUCGGUGUGGCGUGCUGGCUCGAUUGGGUGAUUGGACAACUUCCUGUUACGGAGGUUCCUGCCAUUCACAUGCUUCGGGGCCCAAUACAGGAGGACACCAACGGCUCUCUGCAAUCAGAGGAUAUCUCGGCACCUGCAGUUCAGCAGCUUCCAAGCAUAGAACGGUUAAGGCCCCUGGCUGACUAUUGGUUCGUGUGGCGACGCCUGCACGAGAUAUUGCAGUGGGUGCUACAUACCAUUCGACACGGUUACACCAUCCUUUUCCGGAAAGGGCCGCCUCCUUUCAGCGGGGUUAUUUCUACGAUGGUGCGUCCCUGCGAGGCCUCAGCGUUGAGUCAGGAGAUUGUGUCACUCCUAGAGAAAGGGGCUAUAGAAGAAGUCAUCACCCAUCCGCUCUACAACAGGGCAACCUUCAACAAUGACAUUGCUCUGCUGAAACUGUCGGCUCCAGUCACAUUUACUCCCCGUAUCUCUCCUGUAUGUCUGGCUCCAUCAAACACCAACAUCGUGCCUGGAACCCGCUGCUUCACCACUGGCUGGGGCCAGACUGCCACCACAACGAGCCCUGAGAUCCUGCAGCAAACAGUCGUACCCAUCAUUAGUCCUGCUGUGUGCAGGCAGAUCUGGAGUCAGAGCAGGAUCACUGAUACCAUGAUCUGUGCUGGAGCCUCCGGUUCCUCGUCUUGCCAGGGUGAUUCUGGUGGUCCUCUGGUGUGUGAGAGUUCAGGGGUCUGGACUCUGGUGGGCUCUGUGUCUUGGGAAAGAAGCACUUGUGACCCCCGUUUCCCUGCAGUCUACGCCAGCGUCUCCCAGCUGCGCUCUUGGAUCGACAUGACUAUUUCUUCCAACUAGAUCAUCAGUCUGAAUAUUUACUUUCUGUCUUUGAUUCCCUGUU